AAAAGGAACCAAAACAGGCCGUCUUUUCUCUCUUUUCCUCACUUCUCUAUUUUCUAGCAAGUUGCUCUGUCUAUUUUGCUUUUUCUUGAUUGAAUUACACACCCUCACACACAAAGGCUAUUUAAUAUUGUUGAUCAUCAAUGCAUAUCUGGGCUUGAUUUUGAUUAUUUGAAAAAUAAAAAAGGAUUGGGUCUUUUUUAUGUCAGUGUUGGGGUUCAAAACAUGGAGGCUAAUGAGAUUUAACAGUGUUUUUUAUUUUUAAAGAUUUCUUUUGUUAUAUUGUUCAUAAAUUCCGGCUUUUGAGUGGAAAAAAGCCAACUUUUACUUAUUCUUUUGAUACUUUUUUCAGUGCCUUAAGCAGCUACUCAAGAAGGUUAACAUUUCAAAUGGUUUCAGUGAAAUUUUGGUAAACCAAAUAGAGAUUAGAGAUACUAAUGCUGAGGAAUAAAUCUAGAGCAAUGACUAGCCCAAGAAAUCCCAAAACCUCAAUUUCAUCUUUCUUGGGAUCACCAAGAUUUUUUUUAGCAAAGAAUUUGUCUGAUGCAGAAUCAGUAGCAAUGAGUCCAACCUCAAUUCUUGACACAAAAAACUCAUCAAAUUCUGCUAACCCUUUUGGCUAUGAUAAAAAUUUGUCGACAUCCUCAAUCCUAUCUCCUAAUUCUUGUAAUAAACAAGACUCAGAAGCCAUUGGACUUGCCCUGAUUGACUCAAUGAAUGAUGAGAAAAAUGAUGGGGAUUUUUCAAAGCCUAUUAGUAGAAUGGUUGUUUUUGGAUCAAAACUUAAGGUUCAAAUUCCAACCCUUGUUUCCUCUUCGAUUUCUCCAGUCGAAGAAUCACCGAAAUCUCCAGCUGAUUUUGGAAUUAAGACUAGGGAUUCUCAGUUGAUGAGUCCUUUCUCUAGAAUCCCAGUUAAGGAUUCUCCUCAGAGUUUUACUAGGCAGCUUUCUUUGAAGGAAAUGGAGCUUUCUGAGGAUUAUACUUGUGUGAUCACUCAUGGACCUAAUCCAAAAACAACACACAUUUUUGAUAAUUGCAUUGUUGAAAGCUGCUGUGGGGAUCAUCCUAGUUUGUCUGAUAACUGUGAAUUUGAAGCCAAUUUUUCAGUUUCUCCAUCUGUGGAUUUUCUCAGUUGUCAUACUUGCAAAACCAGUCUUGGAGAUGAUGGCAAAGACGUUUACAUGUACAGGGGUGGAAAAGCCUUUUGCAGCCAAGAAUGCCGCUGCCAAGAAAUGCUUUCCGAAGGGAUAAAGAAUCCAGAGUUGGAUGAUUCUUUUUAAGACUUGUUAUGCUAUAAAUUCUCCAUGUUUCCCUUUCUUUCUUCAGAUGAACGUCGCAUCUUUAAAUGGAUUUAUGUGAUAAGUGGGAAUAAUUCAACAUAAAAGACUCGAAUUUUACUCUGAUUUUGAAGUUUUCUUUAAGUUUUUUUUUUUUAAUAUUCUCUCUCUUUGAAUAUAUGUAUAAAUGAAAGGCAUCUACAUGUAAAAAUUUUAGUAAUUUAUUGCCUAUUAUUAAUAUCAUACAUUUUACUUGAUGGCUAGGCAAAUCGGAAAGAACUUCGAAUUCACCGUGCACCUAGUCACUUAUUGCUUCA